AGCUGGUUUUCAUGAGCGCAAUCUACUCCGAAGCCUCUUCGAUGACUGCCCUUAUCGAGAUUUGACUCGACCAUCCAACGACCCUUCCGAACCCGUCCGCGUCGAGAUGGGGAUCGCUCUCCAACAGAUUAUUGAUGUGGAUGAAAAGAAUCAACAAAUUAUUUCGAAUCUGUGGAUGACAGUGAGAUGGACUGAUCCGACGUUAGCGUGGAACAAAUCAGAGUACGGAGGAUUGGAUAAGAUUCGUGUUUUACCGGACAUGAUAUGGCGACCAGACAUAUUGGUGUACAACAGUGCCGCCCCCAAGUUCGACCCGACAUUCCACACCAAGGUUACGGUGACGAGCGAGGGGCUCUGUGAGUGGAUCCCACCGGGUAUCUUCAAGACCUCCUGCCCCAUCGAUGUCACGUACUUCCCUUUCGACAUCCAGGAGUGCGAGAUUAAGUUUGGGUCCUGGACCUACGGCGGGUUCACCGUCGACCUUGAGCUCCUGUCUGAUGAGGUAGCCAUGAAUGAUACCAGCGAGUUCGUCAAGAAUGGAGAAUGGAACCUGAUUGGCAUGCCAGCCGAGAAAAAGAUCAAGAACUACACAUGCUGCCCAGAAACAUACCCAUCCCUGCAUUUCUAUAUCACCAUCCGCAGGAGGGCGCUAUACUAUACGCUUAAUAUUUUGGUGCCAUGUUUGGUUAUCUCUUCUCUGGCCUUGGUUGGAUUUACACUACCCGUAGAGAGCGGCGAAAAGUUGUCCUUUGGAAUUACCAUUUUACUGUCAUUGACUGUGUUUAUGUUGCUCGUUGCCGAAGCUAUGCCUGCUACUUCGGUUUCCGUCCCGCUGAUAGCCAAAUAUUUCGACUGUGUCCUGAUGAUGGUGGCUGUAUCGGUCGUGUUUACAGUAAUAACCCUCAACAUUCACUACCGGCAUCCCAACUCUCAUGUUAUGGCGUCCUGGCAACGCAGCCUGCUUCUAGAAUGGUUGCCAUGGUUACUAUACAUGAAGCGACCCGGAAGGGAAUGGUCGCCGUGUCAGCCGAAGCCCUCUCGUGACGAUAUGGGUCCUCCAGUCUUCAGCCACGUCGGUCCGAGUACAGAGAUUCAGCUCAUGGACAGAUCGCCCAAACGGAAAGUCGGCACCAAUGGGAUGGUCCCUCAGGGCACGUAUUUAAAUGACGCAAAGACGAUAGGCAUCAAGUACGCUAAUUAUGCCCACGAGGAAAGUGAGCCCAUGAUGCUGGAUCACAAAGCAUGCAAAGAGGGUAAUUCACGUGAGUUGGAUCUAAUCAUAAGGGAGGUCCGUUUUCUGACCGAACGCUACAAACUCAAGGACAUGGAAGACGACGAGAUCCAUGACUGGAAGUUCGCGGCCAUGGUCAUCGACCGCUUCGCCAUGGUCUUCCUAACCAUCUUCACGGUCGUCGCCACCGUCGUCAUCCUCUCCGACCACCCCUAGUCGGACGAUGUCGGGGGAAGACUCGGAAAUACUGGUUACCAUGCUGAACAAGAGAUUUAUGAUGAAAGGCAGAACCGUUAGUUGUCGCGCUUUUUGAUCUCUACUUGCCAUUGUCGAAAAUUACACAGAUGCGGUAGAUUGCAUCAUUUUGUCGUUCGGAACUUUGUCGUGCUUACCCCAUCCGAGCACAUUGGGAAAUCGUUAAGUCUUGAAUAUUUGUCGCCACAACUAUCUGAAACGUUCAACACUUACGAGCUCGACAACCAUUACAACGGUUUCCAAAAAGACGUUUGCACACUUUCAUUGGGGAGUAAAUCCCUGGACAUCAUCGUCUCGAGCCAUGCGGACAUGGUUCGAUGUCAUUCAUGCUCGAGCUCGAGCUCAUUCACGUCUUCGUCGAGGAAUACCUUUGUGUCAGCAACAAAGUGUCUUCCAGACAGCUCUGAUCGACGAAUUGAAGCCUUUUCAAGGAGAGGUUAUGACUCGAUUGAUUGUUAAUGAUAUGGAAGGCAAAGAUAUUUCAAAUAUUACGUUGGCCUUUAAAAAAAUGAGACAAACAUCAGACUACGGGGAAACUUUGAGGGAAAUAACCAUACUUUUGAAAAACGUGAUUUGAAAUACCUUCUGCUUGGCGAACUUGAUAAAAAGGUGUUUAUUGCUUUUCAGUGGAUAUAGUGGUAGAUGUAUAUAUAACUUUAGCUAUUAUAACAAGAUUGCUUCUUUUCACCAAUUGUGUAUUUUGCUGAGUAAAGUAUUUUUAAAAGGGAAAAA